UACUUAUGUCCAGACAACAAAAAACCGAAAGGACGUAGUUGCGCUUCGCAAGAAAAAUAUUCAAAGACGUUCAUAUUUCUAUUUGCGCGGAAUCUCGUUAGUAGAAUUUUUUAGGACGCGAGUGUAUGUGAAAUCCUACAUUGUGGCCAAAGUUACGCCAUACCCCAAUAUGACCUAUUCCGGAAGGAAUAAGUUCGAAAUUUCCCGGUUUACGGGUGAAGAUGAGAACCAUAUAAAUAAAAAGCUGCCCAAAGAGUUGCUUCUCCGGAUAUUGUCUUAUCUGGACGUUGUCUCCUUGUGUAGGUGUGCACAGGUAUCAAAACUAUGGAAUAUACUGGCUUUGGACGGCUCAAACUGGCAGAGGAUAGAUCUCUUCGAGUUUCAGACAGAUGUCGAGGGUCCAGUCAUAGACAACAUUUCACACAGAUGCGGCGGUUUCUUAAGACAAUUGUCUCUGAGAGGCUGUGAGAGUAUAGGUGAUGGCUCCAUGAAAACUCUGGCUCAGUCGUGUCCGAAUAUAGAAGAUUUGAACUUGAACAAAUGCAAGAAAAUAACAGAUCAGACGUGCCAAGCUUUGGGCAGACGGUGCAGCAAGUUACAAAGGAUAAAUCUAGAUUCCUGUCCCAGCAUCACAGAUAUAUCACUGAAAGCCCUGUCCGACGGAUGCCCAAUGCUGACGCAUGUCAACGUGUCGUGGUGUCAGUCGAUCACGGAAAAUGGAGUGGAAGCUUUGGCAAGGGCUUGCCCUAAAUUGAAGAGCUUCAUAUGUAGAGGUUGUAAAAACGUAAACGACAAAGCCGUUUCGUGCUUGGCCACUUACUGCCCGGACCUGCAAGUGCUCGAUGUUCAGGGAUGCGACACUUUAACAGAUGAAUCUAUAUCGAAACUUGGGCCGGCCAUGCGUCGAUUAUGCGUGUCAGGCUGCAGUAAUCUGACAGACGCCACACUACAAUCUUUAGCGGUGCGAUGUCCAGACUUGCAGACUUUAGAACUGGCGCUGUGCGGCCAACUCACUGACGCCGGCUUCCAGGCGCUUGCCAGGAAUUGCAGACUUCUGGAACGAAUGGAUCUAGAGGAGUGUGUGCUGAUCACGGACGCGACUCUCGUGCAUUUGUCUAUGGGCUGUCCCAGACUUGAGAAACUGACAUUAUCUCAUUGUGAACUGAUCACGGAUUUUGGCAUAAAACAGCUUUCAAUGGCUCCGUGCGCCGCCGAACAUCUAACUGUAUUAGGGCUGGACAACUGCCCGCUGGUGACGGACGCCGCGCUGGAGCACCUCGGCGCGUGCCACAAGCUGCAGCUCAUCGAGCUCUACGACUGCCAGCUCGUCACCAGGAACGCCAUACGCAAGCUGAGGGCGCACUUGCCCGACAUAAAGGUGCACGCAUACUUCGCGCCCGUGACGCCGCCCGCCGCCGGCGGCGCGCGCCCGCGCUACUGCCGCUGCUGCAACAUCAUAUGAGCCCAGUUGCGUUGCAAGUGUUGAAGUGACCCGUCGAUCCCGCCAAAAAAGCAUUUAAAUUUAUAUUCGCGCUAAAUGGGUGAGCAGAGAAUUUCUUACUUUGACCGAGUUUAGUCAUUUUUCACAUUGACCAAUCAAUGUCAUUGUUGAAUGUCGAUAAAAAAUAAACAAAGAUUAGACAUGUGUACAUUGCUUAUUUUGAAAGUGUUAUGAUUUAUGACUGGAAAAAAAAUAUUAUUAAAAAACAAAGUCGACGCCAUUCAUUUGUGAAAUAUAUUUACUGAUAUCUCUCUAUAGGAAAUAAACAUGUAUGUUUUUACAUAAAACGGUAUCUAUAUCGUAAAUAUGACUUAAUUACGAACGAUUUUACACUGUGUGUAUUGAAAUCAAUAAAAGCAUUUAAUUAAACAAUGACAUCAGCUCACUCUGAAGUCGAAAAAGCGCGAAUAACCAACAACCGAGCGAGCGGGCAAUGUACGAAUUUUACGAAAACGAUCGCCUGUGGAUACAACAAGCAAGCCUUAUUAAGUAAAAUGUUAAUAUGUAGUGUAGGAUCAUGUUGUUAUUAAAAAAUAGUUAUUAAUAAUGGGUAUAGUAGUUAUUUCUGUAUUAACAGCUGUGUCGUAAGCGAUUUUACACUUUGACUAAAUGAAAUACGACAUUUUGCGUAUCUUUUCCCACUGUGACUGAAAGAUUUUGUUGUCAUUUUACGCAUAUUUUUUAAUGGCGCAUACAAAUACAAUUAUUAAAAAUGGAAUUUGUCACUUUAAAAAGUAAAUACUUACGCACAAUGUAUCAUCAAUUCAAAUUUACUUAAAAUAUUGUUCAAUGUUGUAUUUUUAUAUCAGUGACAGCAUUAUUAAAUACGUGUUAUUUUAUAUAAAAUGCAGUAUUAUCAAUUUCGACACAGCAUUUCACCAAUAGAUAAAAUAUAUACUGUAACUUUUUAUUUAGAUAAUGGCUUUAAAAAUGAGACUGUUCGGUAAUUUCUAUUACAUAGUAAUGGUAUGUUCAUAUCGAUAUUUAAAAUCGUAAUAAUAUUUUUAAAAAAAUGAAAAACAUUAAAAUACUAUUUAUGAAAAAUUGCCCUCAGGCUGAAAACGACAACUUCCCAUAAUGUCAACAUCGGAUAACGACAACUUUAGAAUGGGUUUAUUUUUUUCAAUGAAAAUUCCGUGUUGUUUUUUCAAAUGUACCAUUUAAAACUUUUUUUUAUUGUGUUUUUACUUAAAUUAUUCAGUAAAAACAAAAAAAAAACAAUAACUUGUAAUUAUUUAUAAAGAAAUAUUGCGAUAUGAACAUACGCAUUUUAUAUAAUAAAAGAAAACAAAAUUUCUCCGCUUGUACGUUUGUAGAAAAUAGCUAUUGAAUUUACAUAACUUAUCUAGUAUGGCAAAUUUAGUGUUGCCGGUUUUAUACAUUGUUUUUAUAUUUCUGAUUGGCUGUUCUGUGAUUUAAAAGUAGAAUGUUUAAGGGUAAUGGUUAUUGAGACGUUUUAGAGGUGCGAUGAAUCUUUAAACAAUAUAAAGUUGAUUUCAAAUUGAGAAACUACAUAAAAAACAAUUUGGUUGUAUUUUUUUUUACAUUUAUAUAUAUUUAUUUAUGUAAUCGCGCCUCUAAGAUGUACGGUCUAGAUAUGGCAUUCGACAUUCUAAUGCUUUAAAUAUAUAUAUUUUUCUUUUAGUACUGGUGCGAAUUGUUCUCUGAUUAAAAUUGUUAUGAACUUUUUAUUAUAAUAAUUUAAACUGGCAAACAUAUUAUUGUGUCGAAUGCUAUGUUUGUUAAAUUAAUAUACAUAUGAAUGUAAACAUAUUUGUACACCCAGUAUCUUAUGCUGUAAUAUUAAUUACAUAUUUUGUCAACAUAUUUUUCGUAUGUAAUCAAAUUAGUAUCUUAAACGAAAUCGUGGGGUAUAUUAAUGUUUAUCUUAACAUCAUAAAUAAUAACCUAUUUAAAAUAUUGCGUUAUUUAAUAUUUUUAUGAAAAUCGCGUUGUUUAAAUUGUAUUUUUUUGGGUUUCCGGUUAGUUGUUUUGAAGAAAAAAAAUUGAAAUUAUCAUUUUUUUAAAGUGAAUAAUGUUCACGCUUCUCUUUAUACAUUUAAUGUUAUGGGACCUAAAUUAAAAUUAGUUUUAAAAUUGUUUGUCUUAGCAAAUUAUACUUACACUAAAAUACUGAGUUUGUGGACUGGAUUGUAUACUUCAAUGUAGUUUCAGAGUAUGACGUCGUCACACUAGCGCCACUAUGAAUUAAAUAUAUUUUUUUAAUGUUAAACCUUGUUUAUUUAUUUAAAAAAAAAAACUCUAUUUUAAUCUUAAAAUGUCAUAUAAAAGACUUUUUUUUCAGUUACGGUCAUUGACUCCAUUCUGUACAAAAUACUUUCACAAAACAUAUUGUGGACGCCAAUUGGCAUAUCUACUAGUCAUUGAUGUUUUAAUGAGUAAAAUGUAAAAAACAAAUAAAAUAUAAAUAAAAAUAAAAUAAUGAAUAUUAAAAUAGUCAUUUAUUCCAGUAAUCUUGGUUACAAUAUAACGCUAGGACUUCCCAGUGAGUAAUCUAAUGAUACUCGUGAUGGGAAUGACCUGCUACUUCCUUAAAAGUUUUACAUAAAGACUACAAUUGUGAAUGUUAAGUAAAAGAAAUAAAUAAAAAGGAACAAACAUUUUUACGAUUUAUAAAUAAAAAAAGGAUUUUUCAUUUGUCUGUAUUUGAAUAGUUCUUUAUUUAUCAAAGAAAUCGUUUCUUCUCCAAAGUAGCGUUAGUAUGACGACACUCUCAAAACGUCUUACUGGUGGUAAACUAUUGUACAAAUAAAAUGUGAGGGUCGAUUGACCAUGUAACCCACUCUUGAAGACCGCCAGUAAACCGAAAGCUACGAUUUUGGAGGCCAUAUCAAAGCCGACGGACUGUAUGAAUGAAUUUAUUUUUAUUUUUUUUAUAGCCUGUAUUUUGUGUCCCACUGCUGGGCAAAGGCCUCCGCUUCUGUCUUCCAAAGGUAUAUAUAAAUACUGAGCCAUUUGUUGCCAACCACGCCGAAACCUGUCUAAAUCAUCCCGCCAUCUAGUUCGUGGUCUACCUUGAUGCCUGCACCCUUCGGGAACCCAAUUAAAUAUUAUUUAAAUGUUUAUUUGAAUAAUAUUUAAUUAAUUUUAUUUAUGACUUUAAUACGAUAUUUAAAUAAAUUAAUUUAUUUAAAUAGGUACGUACGUAUUAGUCAUCGGUAAUAGCUCACUUAUAAAAAUAUAUAUAAUAACAUAGCUAAAGCUCCCACCCUGCAAGAUGACGUUUAAAAAUCAACUUUAAAGCAUCCUCCUGGUGACAUACAUUACAUUAAUAACAAAUUAUAGCGACUGCUCGUUGUCAGCUCUCGUGUUGUCAAUGGAAAGUGUGUCUACAGUUUACGAUUUAAAGUUCAUACAUAGUUUUCCUUAAUAUCCAGUAAUAAAAUACGGAUUUAACCAAAACACACACUGCUUUAUUGUCGUCCUUUCAUAGAUUUUUUUAUUCGAUAUCUAAACGUCAUUACAUGACAGAUAAACUGUUUUGAUACGCAACUCAACAGUUGAACACGUUCGGAUACACGCAACUCUACAAUCCCUUUCUUCCUUCAAAAGAACUUAAAUUAUAAAAUCGAAAUGGUACCUAAGUAUAACGCUAACUUUACCUUAAACAUAAACAGCUUUCAGCUACAAAAGUUACAUUAUGAUUUAGACAGAAUUUAGAAAGAAUCUAAAACAUUACGAAAUUUUACAUUUCUUGUUUUGACCUUAACAUGUGAACUUAUCACAAAUUUAGGCAAUAAAAUUAACUUGGACAAUGAGAUCAUCGGCAUACAAAAUCUAGUUGCAAAAUAAAUACUUUUGCAAUAUGUAUUCUGCUCCGCCUUGGCAUCAUUAAGUACAAACAUCAUAUUGUAGUUAACGCAUCUAGACCUACGGCUAAGGACACUACACAUUAUAAUAUCAUUUUAAUGAGUCUACAAUAACACUCAAUAGAAAGUUAUUAUGUUUAGGUGGUAGUCGCUUUUCCCUAAGAGAUCUGUUGCCAUGGGUCAAGUGAGUCAGGUCUCCUUCAUCUUUUGUCACAUCUGGUUCAUUACCUCCUACUUCUUCCAAGUCUUUGUUUCCGUUCCUAAUCUCUUCCUUUUCCUUUACAAAUUUUUCACCAUCUCUGUAUUUAAUAGGCUUAAAAUGUAUAGAGUUUCUUCUUAUGACUUUUCCAUCAGGAGAUUGCACUGUAACAGAAUUACCUAAUUUCCAUACAACUGUAUGUUCUAUUGGGGAAAAUGGAGUGCUCAAAUUAUCUGCUGUAAUAGUCCACAACAACAAGUAAGUAGUGACCUGAUGGUAGCGGUCCCAUGUAGUCAAUUCCAACCAAUUCACAUACCUUACUUGGCAGAUUAGUCGAAGUAAUGAUUUCGGGAUGCGUUUCUUGCCUGACCAGUCUGCACCCGUCGCAUGUAUCAACCCAGUAUUAUAUGUCCUUUCCUUUUCACCAUACUUUUAAUCUUAACUAUACUUUAAUGGAAUUCGUUCCAAUGUGUCCUUCAUGCCCAAGAUCCAAAAUCCUUUACUUUAAGCAUUACAAGUUGGAAUUACAAUCCUUGUACCUCUUAAUAUGAUGUUAUCUAUGACACAUAGCUCAGUCUUAAUCAAUUCAUACUUUCAGAACUCCUUUGGCCAUAUAUAUUUCUCAAUAGCUUUUUUCAAAUCACAUAAUUCCUCAUCCUUCAUAGUGGCUUCCUGUACUUCUUCUAAAGAUGACUCUACUAAAUGACCGAUCUUCACAAUCUUCUGUAUUUUUAGUUAACGGAUUAGAUAUAUAUAACAAUCUGAAUAUUAGAUCUGCAAUAUAGUUUUUGCCUAGCUUAUAAAUCACAAUUUAAAUGUAAAUGGUUGUAAUCUUAAGACCCAUCGUUUAAUUAUUGCAGAAGGCUUCGAAUUUGAAGAGUAUAUUGUUUAUAAUGGUUUAUGGUCUGAUAUGAUAUUGAAUUGCUUCCCUAUUAGGUAUAUGUACAAGGUCUCACAUGCCCAUACAAUGGCUAACGCCUCUUUUUCUGUUUGUGAGUAGCGCUGCUCUGUUGGUGUCAAUGCUUUACUUAUGUACUUGAUAAGGUUGCUCUUCGCCUUUUACAAUUUGUUUCUGAAUUAACACUGCCGCUAUUCCUACCGAGCUUGCAUCUAUAACAAGAGUUGUUUCAGAGUCGUAAAAACCUAAUGCAGGCGCUGAUUCUAUUAAUGUUUUUAACUUUUGGAACGCUUCCUGAUGUUUUGCUAUCCACUUGAACUCCGUGUCCUUGGUGAGCUUUCUCAAUGGUGCAGCAAUUGUACUAAAAUCUGGGAUAAACCGAGCCGAAAAAUUUGCUAGUCCCAGAAAACUUCUGACUUCUGCAGUGCUCUGUGGAGCUCUGAACUCUUGUACCACCUGCUUAUUAGUUGGUCUUACACCUGCAGCUGAAAUGUGAUGUCCAAGAAACACAAUUUCAGACUCGCCAAAUCUGUAUUUCCUCUCAUUGAGUGUUAAACCGUUUGCAUUCAAUCUGUCCAGCACCUCACGCAACCUGGCAUCAUGUUCUUCUCUAGUGCGUCCUCCAAUUCGAUUAUCAUCCUGGCUAUUUGCAACUCCCUCAAUGCCUUGUAGCAGGAGUCCGAUUCAUGAGUAACCAUGUGGUUUCUCAUGAACUUCAAGUAUGUACUUCACAUAUCUUUUCUUCUUAACGUCUUUCUUCCUUUCUGAGCUCUUGGUCUUGCAGCACUUUGCAAUAUGACCCUUAAUUCCACAUUUGUCACAUUGUUCCGCAGCUGCCGGGCACUUACUAUCUUUAGCUAUAUAACCCCUGCGUCCGCAUCUAUAGCAGCUGAUGAAACUCUGGCCUUGGUUUACCUUAUUUACACUUGUCUCCUCCUGUUGCACCUUCUCUUCUUUUUCCUCACUAGAAAACUUUAAAUUAUCCAAUUCAAACAGUCUAGCCAACUGUAAUGCCCUUGCUAGAGUAAAUAUUUUCUUUUCUUUAGGAAUUUUCGUUUUAAAUCUUUGUUAACACACUUUUCUAUGAGUUGGCCUCUUACUACCUCAUCUGUGUUAGAGAAACCACAGUAUUUUGAUUGCUUUUUCUCAGCCUUAAAACAAACUCAUUAACACUUUCUUUUUUCAUUCAUAGAAAUAUUUCUGAAUUUCUGCCUUUCAUAGGCCGUGUUAACUUCCGGCUGGAAGUAGUUCGUAAGCCUGUAUUUAGAUUUCUCAAACUCGUUACUGCCUUCGGCAUUUUGCUCUUCAAUAGUCUCGUAUGUUUCUUGUACCUCAGGCACCGCCUGGUGUAAAAGUCUGCUUAUUUUCUGUUUGUCAUGUAGCCACUACCUGGCCACCGACGUAAUAUUCGAAGUUUCUGAGCCACACUUUCCAUCUUUCGCCUGUAUUUGCGUCUCCAAAUGGGCAAAAAAUUGCGCCCGCCGACCCCAAUGAAUACUCCAUGAUUGAACAAAUUUACGUAUUUUCCACGUGAAAUACACGACUCCGCAUAAUCUAUGCGCGAUUUCGUUAAUACUCGUCGCCAGAAUUGUAUAGUUCUCCUUAAUAUUCAAUAAUAAAACACGGAUUUAACCAAAACACACAGUGCUUUAUUGUCGUCCAUUCAUAGACUUUUUAUUCGAUAUCUAAACGUCAUUACAUGACAGAUAAACUGUUUUGAUACACAACUCAACAGUUGAACACGUUCGGAUACACGCAACUGUACAGUUCAGUUUUCAACGACCGUCAUAUUGUCGGGGGGAGAGGGGGAGCAGUGCGGUAGAAGUGCGCUAUAACCAAUCUCGUAUAUCGACUUGUGUCAUACCCGUAUAGAGAGUUAAACUUUCUGAGGCCAAACAAGAACAUUUUUGUUAUUAAAGACUGUAGAAGAGCAAAUAAAAACCAGCCCGGUUACUACAAUAAGAUUCAUUGUUAAGUGAUGCUUAACCAAACAAACAUUUUGAGAUUGUAUUAUUUGGAAAUGAAUUUUAUUGUAGUAAAUUUAAAGCUGAUUUUUAUUUGCGCUUUUAUUUAUUUCAUUUCUUCGGAAAACUAGCACUUUAAAAACAAAAACACUAACAGGUUUUCACUAAUAGAAACAAAUUAGUUAAGUUUAAGUGCUAGUAGUUUAUUAGCUUUGGUAAAUAUAAUUUAAUUUAGAAUAUGACGUGAAAAAAUGCCUGUGAAGGUCUAAUUUCUAAAUAAAUGAUUUGAUUUUGAAGUCGUAAAAAUCACCUUAUUCCGUAUCGCGUACGGUUAUCACAUAUCUAUAUAAAAGGAAUAUUCUUGUUUGGCCUCAUUUUGAAAACUGGUCAUUUUGCGCCUUGCACAUUUUGCGCCGAACCCGUGUCAAAUUAUCGUCUUUAUUUUUCCUUAUAGAGUGGGUCUCAAAGUCAACCGACCCUCGCUCCAUAGUGUCGGAUCUGUGUUACGGUGAGUCUGUAAAUAUAUGGUUGUAUCUAACAUGUGUGAUUUACACUGUGCAAAUAUUAUUCAUGUAUUGAUUGAAUAAUAAAAUUGUUCAUAUUA